AUGUUGCGGUGUAGAAAACAACCAUUUUCUACCACUGUACUUAGACUAAACAAGAUAAGUUACUCCCAUACAUUACUUCUUCCGCAAACCAAAUUCUCACCCAAACUUCCCCAGGGUGACCUUCGUGAAUCACUAAUCAAUAAAACCUCCCAGGAUCUAUACGCAUGGCAACUGGAACACAAUUCAGAUAAGAAACCGUUUGUGUUGCACGAUGGACCCCCCUACGCCAAUGGAGACCUUCAUCUCGGUCACGCGCUUAACAAAAUCUGCAAGGAUAUCAUCAACCGGUUCCAAUUGAUCCACAACAAUGCCCUCAUUAAAUACCGUCCUGGGUGGGAUUGUCAUGGCUUGCCCAUUGAAAUGAAAGUAAACCCACACCAGACUAUACGCGACCCUCUUGAAAUUAGACAGGCAUGUCGUGAUUUGGCAACCACCAUGAUUGACAGACAGCGCCAGCAAUUUCUCCAAUAUGCCAUUAUGACUGACUUCACUACGCCCUACAUCACCAUGGACCACAGCUAUGAAAUCAACCAAUUGAAGGUGUUUAAAAAGUUAAUGGAACGUGGAUUGUUGUCGAGACAGUUGAAGCCGGUUUGGUGGGGGUGUGACACCGGGACGGCAUUGGCUGAGGCGGAAUUGGAAUAUAACGAUAAUCACACUUCAGUGGCUAUUCAUGUCAAGUUUCCUGUCGUUAGCGAGAACUUGUAUGAGUACAUUAAAAAUAACUACCAAAAGACUAUCGAAAAGAUACAGUUGUUGAUUUGGACUUCUACUCCGUGGACCAUCCCAGCAAACAGGGCAGUUUGCGUUAAUGAACACAUGACGUAUACCUUAAUUACAAACAACAGUGAGUAUCUUGUAGUUGCAAAGCCAUUGGUCGAACAUGUAUUAUCAUUAAACAGCGAUUACAAACAAACAAAUGUCGAAAUUCCAGGAUCAGUACUUGUGGGAAACACAUACACUAACCCAGGAUCCAAAAAAGAUCAGCAAUACCCAGUAUUGCACGGUGAUCACGUCGUUGAUAAUGCCGGUACUGGUCUUGUUCACAAUGCACCAGCACACGGUCGUGAAGAUUAUCUUGUUGCUAAGAAGUAUGACUUGUCUAUUGACUCUGUAAUUGACGAAGCUGGUAAAUUAGUCGAGGCAACGCUUGCUCCUGGUUUCCAAUCAUUGGCUGGAUUCAAAGUAACUGAACCAAAAACCAAUGUUAUUUGCGCCAAUAUUCUUGCCGAAAACAACAUGUUGUUCCACAUAAACAAAAAGUUCAAGCAUUCUUACCCUUACGAUUGGAGAUCCAAGACUCCAGUCGUACAACGUGCCACUCCACAAUGGUUUGUUAAUGUCGACAAGAUCAAACCACUUGCUUUGGAAGCUAUAUCUAAAGUUAAGUUUGUUCCAGAAACUGGUAAACACCGAUUAGCACUGUUUAUCGAGAACAGAAGUGAAUGGUGUAUUUCAAGACAAAGGGUUUGGGGUGUGCCAUUGCCAUUGAUCUACAAUAAGCACACCAAUGAACCUGUAUUGGAUUUGGCUGUGGUUGACUAUCUUAUUGGUAGAUUAGACGAAAAUGGAACUGACCAGUGGUUUGUGGAUGAAGUAGAUAUCUCUAGAUGGUUGCCUUCCGAAUCAGAAUCUGCAGAAUUAGGUAUCCCAUUUAUAAAUGGGGCAGAUUACUACAAGGGUAAAGAUACUAUGGACGUUUGGUUUGAUUCAGGAACCUCAUGGAGUACAUUGGAAAAUCAAGAUGAACCAGCCGAUAUCUACUUGGAAGGAUCCGAUCAACACAGAGGAUGGUUCCAAUCAUCAUUAUUAAACAAAGUGAUUACAUCCAAUUCUGCUCCUUUCAAAUCAGUAAUCACCCACGGGUUUAUAACUGAUGGGAAGGGACAAAAAAUGUCAAAAUCGCUUGGUAAUGUAUUUUCACCUCAAGAAGCUAUCGAAGGAUGCAAGAAGCCACGUACUCCAUACUUGGGACCCGAUGGUUUGAGGACUUGGGUUGCAUCUUCAAAUUACAAACUGGAUGUUAAUUUCAGUCCCGAAGUGUUGACUCGAGUUUCAGAAAUUUCCAAAAAGUAUAGAGUUACAUUCAAGUACUUGUUAGGAAAUCUUUACGAUAGGGGUGAGCCAGUGGCGUAUGAAGAAUUGGCCGACUUGGACAAAUUCACCUUGCAUUCUUUGUAUAAGUUGCAACAAGAAUGUGUUGACUUUUACCAAGAACACAACUUUUCCAGAGUCAUGAAUUCGUUAAAUUUGCAUGUCAAUUCCAUGUUGAGUGCUAUUUACUUUGACAUCUCCAAAGAUUGUCUUUACACAGACAAGAAAGACUCGCUUAAACGAAGAUCAAUCCAAACUGUGCUUGACAAGAUCUUGGUUACUUAUAUUGGAUUGUUGGCACCUAUUCAACCACUCUUGACCCAAGAAGUGUGGACUUCGUAUCGAGAAAUAGCAAACGUCGAAGCCGACUCCCCUUUCAAACUUGAAUGGAAUACGCUGUACCAAUUACCUCAACAGUAUGAAAAUGAACAGUUGGCCCAGGAAUUCAGUCAAUUUUUCCUGUUGAGAGAUGAAACAUUCAGAUUAAUGGAGGUUGUCAAGAAGCAAACCGAGUUAAAGAAUAAGUUACAGUAUGAAGUUGUGCUUACUGUUAAACCAGGCUCGCCUAUCCACACAUUCUUACAAAGAAAUGUAGCACACCUUGAUGAUUUCUUCUUGGUUUCAAACGUGAUCUUGGAACAGGGCGAUGUAAGCGCGGCUGAGAAAGACGAUGCAACAUCAAUAUGGAAUGAUCAAGUUGCUGUACAAUUAAGACCUUCUCCAGACCACAAAUGUCCAAGAUGUUGGAAGUUCACUGCCCCAAAGGAAGACGAGUUAUGCCAUAAAUGUCAUGAGGUAGUAGACUCGUUGUAA